AUGUCGAGGAUGGUUGGAGACGGCACCAUUCGCAACAACAGAACAGAACACACGAAUACGAUCACGCAUGGAAAGUUUUACUUCGUAUUUUCGUAUGCUGAACAACUUUCAAUGGCCACUAGAAACUUACUCGCCCUCGCGGCUUUAGGGAGCUACAGUGGGCACCAAGUUGUUGUACCUUUUGUUAAAAAUUCAAGGUUUUUCGGUAGUUCUAAAAUGAGUAGUGACACUCAAACGCUGGAAUUGUACUACAAUCUGAGCGCACUUAACAACAAGCUUCGCUCACACGGUUACAGCACUUUGGUGAGCUGGGAAACAUUUCAGAAUGUUUGUCGGAACAAGUUGGACUUACUACUAUAUAUAAACUAUGGUAAUAUAGCUUUUCACCGAGGGAAAAAGACAAAAUGUAGCGGUAAUCAAAGACAUCAAGGUUUCGUUAAAGGUUUCAGAGUACUGAAAACUAUUUGCGUGGAUUCCGGGAUGCUUUCUUCGGUUGAAGAUUUUCUAAAGGACGUGAUCAGAGAAAAUGAAUGUGUUGGGAUCGAAGACUGGAGGGGAAAUGGAACAUUGACGUCAUAUCGAGCUUUAUUUCCACUUCCUUCGAACAUCCAUCAUCCCCUCGAUCAUAAAAGUAUAAGUCUAUUUUUCAAUGAAAAACUUUUGGAAAUCGCUCAACACUUUAUUUCAAAGAUGUUAGGCUCAAACUAUGUUUCCUUUCACAUUCGCUCGGAAAAAAUUCUCAAGAGACCUAAUGGAACUAUUACCGCUUUGGUCAAUUGCUUAAAACAACUGUCAGCCAUGACCAAUCGAUCGAGUGAAUAUGAUAAUCAUAAAAUUUUCGUAGCUACGGACUUUUCACCGUCAGGAUCUCAAAGUUUCGGUAUCUCAUUGGCUCGCAAUAAUACCACCUUGCUUUUAAAUCAUCUUGAUGAACUGUUGCACAAUCCAGUAUUUUUUCAGCCGCAUGUUUAUAACCUCUUAGACACAGGAGCGGUUGCCAUUGUUGAAAUGACUAUUCUUACAUCAGGAAGGCGGUUAUUUUUAACUGGAGGGGGAUCUUUUCAAGCUUGGAUCAAGGAUCAAUUUGCGAAUGGGAAACACAAGGGUUACAGCAAAGUGCAGGUCGCAUGCACAAGCAAAUAG